AUGAGUACAUGGCAAGAAGCCCACGACGACCAGGGUCGAACGUACUACUAUAAUGUGUUGACGCACGAGACGUCGUGGGAGAAACCAGCCGAACUGGCGCCGCUGGCAACGUGGAAGGCGUACAAGACAGACGAUGGAAGAGAGUAUUAUCAUAACGAGGCAACUGGAGAAACCACCUGGGAUAAGCCUGAAGGGUUUGGCGAGGAGGAGAAGGUGUCUGAGGAAAAGGAGGUGGCUGAAGAGGUCGCUGAGCCCGAGGAGGAGACGUUGACUGAGCUAGAUAAGGAAUUGGCUGCGCAGAAGGUGGAAACUGGAGACUUGGAGAAGUAUAAGGGUGUUUCUGAAGAAGAGGCACAGGAGUUGUUCUUUAAGAUGAUGGAGCUGGAGGGGGUUGAUUCUACGUGGUCGUUUGAGAAGGUGAUCCAGACGUUUGUGAAGAACCCUUCUUACUGGGCUGUUUCUGAUCCGCUGAAGAGGAAACAGUUGUAUGACGAGUACUUGGUGAAUAAACUUAAGCUGGAGGCUCAGAAUAAGACCCAGGUGGUUGAAAGCGCCAAAGCAAACUUUACGCUGGUCUUGGACGAGUAUCGUAAACAGGGCAAGCUUAAUAGACAUACGCGAUGGGUCUCGGUUAAGGAUAUGUUGAUCAAGGAAGAUAAUCCUAUUUUCAAGCAUUCUGUUCUUGGAGAUGGCCAGCUCAAGGCUAUUUUUACGGAGGUGAUCAAUGGCAUUGCUAAGGAGGAGGAUCUGAAGCACGAGGAGAAGAAAGCAGAAGCCUUGGCUGAGUUGGAGACUUACUUGCAUCAGCUCGUGCUGGGGCUUGAUACAAAGACGAUAUCGUGGGAUAAACUCUACGAGAUGCUUCAAACAGACGCCAGGUUCAAGGCAAACAAGCAUUUUUCCAUUUUGAAGAAACUUGAUAUUCUAGAAUUGUACAUGGCCAAAGUGUACCCCAAGAUCAAGGAGAACAUCGGGUCUCAAGUUAGAAAGAUGGAGAAGGAAAACUACAGAUCCGAUAGAAAAGCACGCGAGGCGUUCAAGUUGCUUCUACAAAAGAAAGUCAAGAUCAAUGCUAGUUCACUCUUUCAAGAUCUUCUUCCGCAGUUUGAGGAUGAAGAUGUUUUCAUAGAACUUUGUGGGCGCAACGGAUCUACGCCGUUAGAGCUAUUCUGGGAUAUUGUUGACGAGAAGAGUCAAGAGUUGAAGGUGAAGAAGGACUUGAUUGAGGCUGUAUUGCGUGAUUCUAAAGCCGAUAACGAUGUGACGUUCGCUUCCAGGGAAAGCUUCGUUGAAAAGCUUCAAGAGAUUCAGGAUGACCGUCUAAAUGCGUUUGAUUUGGAAGAUAUUUCUGAAGACAGUGAAGUCCUGGUCAUCUAUAGCCAGCUCGUGCAUACCCGAAUGCUCCAGGCUCAAAAGGCUGUUUCAGAGUUCGAGAACUCUAUUCCGCAAAAAGCUCGUGAGCUCGCAUCCUGGCUACAUCAGCAUCUACCAGAGCUCGAUAUAAUAGAAGUGCAAGAAGAGGAAAAAGAAGUGGAAAACAAAACUAUCAUCUUAAAGAAGUCCCAUACCUACUCAUUGAAGAAGCACCACGACAACCUAGAUGCCUGGUCAUCCAAGCUCCAAAACGCCCCAUCUUUCAAGAAAGCAGAAACCACCGCUAUCCAAAUCUAUCACGACCAACCUGACAAAAAAUUGGAGAAACUCACCAGGCUAAUCCACGACAGUACCACUAAGCUUGUCGCAUUGCUCAACCAACAGCAGGAGAAGAAGAGAUCUGCACCAGAAAAGGAACCAACAGAAUUAAAGAAACCACGCAAAGAAGUUGAAAAGAAGCCAAUUUUUACUAACCCCCAGUCUCAAUCGUUGAAACCAUACUUAACCGCGGUGAGAACGUCUUUAACGGCGGCCAUCUGUUUGGAGGAUUUUUCGUCGCAGCUCGUUGAGAGACAUAACCGUCCAGAAAUCGAGGUCGACAACAGCCACAACCCAGAGCUUAUUCUUAACCCAGUGACUAUUUGCAGAAACGAGAAUGAGAGAAUCUUGAUUGAGCCAUCCAUCAACUCUGUGAGAGUGUCCAUUAAAAUCAAGCAGGCAGACGAGAUUGAGCAGAUCUUGGUGCACCAGUUCACCCGUUUCUUGACCCAGAGAGCGGAGAACUUCUUUAUUUUAAGGCGAGUGCCAAUUAAGGGCUACGAUAUUUCGUUCUUGAUCACGAAUUUCCACACAGAACAGAUGUUGAAGGACAAGUUGGUUGACUUUAUCAUUGAGUUCAUGGAAGAGGUUGACAAGGAAAUCAGUGAAAUGAAGUUGUUCUUGAACGCUCGUGCCAGAGUCAUUGCCGAAAGCUACUUGACUCCAUUUGAUUAG